AUGGGGAUCACGGUUGAUGAACAGAACCAUGCUUCACGCUCGUACGAGCCUAUCGCCAUCGUGGGCAUGGCCAUGCGGCUGCCUGGCAGAGUAAACGACAGCGAAUCCUUUUGGCGGAUGCUAAUCGAGAAGCGAAGUGGGCUCUGUGACGUGCCGAAGGACCGAUAUCACCUUGACGCCUUCCACGAUCCGCAUGGCAAGCCGGGAACGGUGAGCAUGCGGCAGGGCUACUUUCUCGACGACGUUGAUGUCCGCCAAUUCGAUAGCAAUGUGUUUUCCAGCCCCAAGAAAGAGCUAGAACGGCUGGAUCCGCAGCAGCGCCAGCUCCUCGAAGUCUCGUAUGAGUGCCUGGAGAAUGCGGGAUGCACCCUGUGGCGGGGUCGAAAGAUCGGCUGCUACGUCGGCGUGUUUGGCCAGGACUGGUUGGACUUGAAUGCAAAGGAGACACAGCAUAUGGGUGCCUAUCGCGUUACGGGCUAUGAUGACUUUGUGCUGGGGAAUCGUAUUUCGUACGAGUUUGAUCUCCGCGGCCCUAGCAUGACCAUAAAGACUGGAUGCUCAUCAUCAUUGGUAUGCCUCGACCUCGCCUGUAAGUCGCUGCGCGACGGUGACUGUGAGGGUGCAUUGGUUGGUGGAACAAGCUUGAUCUUUUCGCCUACCAUGAGCCUGGCACUUAGUGAUCAGGGUGUGCUAUCGCCCACUGGAACGUGCAAGACCUUUGAUGCAUCUGCCGAUGGUUACGGGCGUGGUGAAGCAAUCAACGCUAUCUACAUCAAGACCUUACGACAGGCCAUUCAGGACGGAGAUCCCAUCAGGGCAGUCAUCCGAGGUACGAGCGUUAACUGUGACGGUCAGACGCAGGGGAUGCUCACCCCGAGCCCAACCGCGCAAGAGGCACUGAUGCGCCGUGCGUACGAGAUGGCCGGUAUUACUGACCUCGGCCAGACGGCCAUGAUCGAAUGCCACGGUACCGGCACCUCCGUGGGGGAUCCUCUCGAGACCACGGCCGUGGCGAAGUGCUUUGGCGAGACUGGUAUAAUCAUUACCUCGGUCAAACCCAAUGUCGGCCACUCCGAGGGGGCGGCCGGCUUGACGAGUCUCAUAAAAGGAGUUUUGGCACUGGAACACCGUCAAGUGCCGCCUAACAUACACUUUUCCGAACCGAAUCCCGACAUCCCUUUUAAGACCGGCAAGCUGCACGUCCCUGUGGAGGUUGAGCCAUGGCCUGCGGACCGUGCCGAGCGAGUCAGCGUCAAUUCCUUCGGCAUUGGCGGUGUCAAUGCCCAUGUUAUUCUUGAAUCCCCACGUCAAUGCGGGAUCGUCGAUCAGAUGUCACGCCCGGACCCUGGUCUUGGGGGAGAGAACGCCCAUUUGCUACUCUUCUCCGCCCACAGCGCAGUCUCCCUGCAGACUUCCAUCGCUGCACAUCAAGCGUACGUUGAGCAAGGUCAUGCCCCCUUGCAGGAUGUGGCAUACACGCUCGCCAAUCGCCGGUCCCAUCACACCUAUCGCGCUUAUGCGGUUACAGACGACCAAAAGUCCUGGAAAGUGUCGACAGCAGAAGCUGCCACUUUGCCUCCACGCAUUGUGUGGGUAUUCACGGGACAGGGAGCACAAUGGCCGCAGAUGGGGGCAGAGCUUCUGGAGGUAAAUGCCACCUUUCGGGACACAAUUCAGAAAUUGGACCGUUUUCUACGCACACUGCCCAGUCCACCGCCAUGGACGAUCGAAGCGGAGCUACGCAAGCCAGACACGAUCAGUCGAAUCCACGAAGCCGUCAUGGGCCACCCCUUGUCCAUUGCCCUCCAGAUAGGGCUUAUUGAUGUGUUGCGGUCCUGGGGCAUCGUCCCCACGGCUGUGCUGGGUCACUCAUCCGGGGAGAUGGCAGCUGCAUAUGCCUCCGGCGCCAUCACUGCCGAGGAGGCGAUGGCUGCCGCCACCUUCCGAGGUGCGAGCCAUGAGACCUCCUCCCGCAAAGGAGCCAUGGCGGCCAUUGGUCUGGGUCCCAAAGAAGUGCGGCCCCUACUCCAACAAGGGGUCGUGAUUGCUUGCGAAAACAGUCAUCAGAGCGUGACGAUUUCAGGAGACACCGAACGGGUCGAGGAGGUGGUGCGUCGUAUCCAAGAGGAGCAACCGGGGACUUUCGCUCGGUUCCUACGCGUGGAGAAGGCUUUCCAUUCUCACCAUAUGCAGGAGUAUGGACCUCACUACGAACAGCAUCUCCAACCAUUUCUUCAAUGCAGGUGCCCCGAGGUCCCCUUUUACUCGACGGUCACGGGGGACAGGUUAACGGGAGAUGGCUUGGGCGCCACAUACUGGCGUCAGAACAUGGAGAGUCCGGUGCUUUUUAACGCCUGCCUGCGAUCCGUCCUACGGGACUAUCCCGACAAGCUUACCUUUAUCGAAAUCGGACCGCACCCUGCGCUUAAAGGGCCUAUCCGACAGAUACUUCACGACGUCCAACGACCAGACGUCGGGCACGUGGGAACCCUCCAACGAUCACAACAAUGCCAGGGAAGCCUCCUGCAGUGUGCGGGCACGCUUUUUCAGCAGAAUGUUUCUCUUGACCUCGCAAAGGUCUGCCCCCGGGGUCAGUGUGUCACGGACCUACCCCGUUAUGCCUGGCAGAAAGAUGUGUCCCACUGGGCCGAGCCACGCUUAGCCCGCGACUGGCGCUUUCGAGCAUAUCCGCCGCACGAACUUCUGGGAAGCCGGGUAAUUGAAAUGGGCCAUGAGCCGUCGUGGAGGAAUGUACUAGCCUUGGAACACCUUCCUUGGCUGGAAGGCCAUCGCGUCAGUGAUCUCACCGUUUUUCCUGCCGCAGGUUAUGUUUCUAUGAUCGGGGAGGCUCUGCUUCAGUUGGAAGGAGAACCCGUCUACUCGCUUAGAAACAUCAGCAUCUGUACAGCAUUGACGUUGCAAACGGAAAGGUCGACGGAGGUCCUGACAAGUCUCCACCCACUAUCACUGGACUCAUCGGAGGCGUCUCCAUGGUAUUCAUUCAGCAUUAGCUCCUUUGACGGAACCCGCUGGGUGCGAAACUGCUACGGUGAGGCUAGAGCGUCCGCAGAUAAAUCUGUAGCUAGGAACGUCGACGAGUCAGCGGUACCAUUGCCGCGUCCAGUUGAUCAAAGAACUUGGUACAAUGUCCUGCGGCAGGUGGGCUUGGAUUACACGGGGGCAUUCCGUGGUCUGCGAUCCAUCUCAGCUGCGACAGUGGAUAACAGAGCCACUGCGACCGUCCCGUGGCAGAACAUCGACGGAACUGCACAUUAUGCGGUCCAUCCCGGAAUGAUCGACCAGUGCUUCCAGUUAUUCACCGUGUCUGUCUGUCGCGGUCAGGCACGGAAAUGCCGUCAUCCCGCCGUCCCAACUUUCAUCGAAGAAAUGGUCGUUAUUCCCACCAAGGGUAGUGUACAGGUGGAUUCCCAUAUCCCUACAUCUGAGGGAGGAUCAUAUGUUGGCGAACUUGUUGCCCAUUCAGCAGGCGAGCUUGUCCUGUCGGUGAAAGGGUUCAAGGCUUCUGCCCUCACUGCAGCGAGUGCUGUCUCAGAAGAUGUACCGCUAAUAACCCAGUUGGAGUGGAAACGAGACGCCGACUUCGCUGAUUUGUCGCAAUUGAUGUACCCCCGUAGGCACUGUCCUUCUGAAUGGGCCCUACUGGAGGAACUUGUUCUUUUGUGUAUGCUGGAGCAUCGGAGGCAGUUACAACUCGACGAGCAGACCCCUGAGCAUCUCCGGGCGUUCUUUGCCUGGCAAAAGACUCAGCUAGACCGAUACAGGAGAGGGUCGAACAUUUUGGUUCCUGCAGAUCUCGAGCUCCAAAGCAUGAGCCGUGCCAAUCGUCUGGCUCGCGUGGAUGCCCUAGUGACCCAAGUCAAGGCCUCGCCAUAUGCAGUCUUCGCCACCGCCGUACAUCGCCUUUUUAUGGCCGCUCCAACUAUCUUCACCGGUGAAACCCAUCCGCUACAGGUCCUCCGGCAAGACCAAAUUUUUGAGGAGUUUUGUGCUAUCACGGACUCUCUAGAAUACGCAGAUGCGGUGGCGCUCUUAGGUCAUAGCAACCCCGUCAUGCGUGUCCUGGAGGUCGGCGCUGGGACAGGCGGAACUACCCGGAAGAUCCUCCAGGCGCUUACCUCGUCCAAUGGCGAGCGCUUGUACAGCAGCUAUACCUAUAGCGAUGUUUCACCAGGAUUCUUGACGACAGCACAGGAGCAGUUUGCCGACCGCGAAGGCAUGCUAUAUGCUGUAUUCGAUAUCACGCAAGACCCUGCAACUCAGGGCCUCGAGCUGGGGCAGUACGAUUUAAUCGUUGCUAGUAAUGUCGUGCAUGCCACGCCGUGUUUGCAGACCUCUCUUCGACACCUCCGCAGUUUGCUGAGGCCCAGAGGUCGUCUCUUCUUGCAUGAGCUCUGUCCUGAGGCCAAAUUUUAUGAUUAUGUUAUGGGAUAUUUACCUGGGUGGUGGCUUGGACGGGCGGGCAAUCGCCUCGAACAGCCAUAUGUUUCACCGGACCGAUGGACUCAGGAACUAAAGACCGCAGGCUUUGACGAGCCCGAUGCCGUCGUGCUUGAUGGAGUUGUCCCAUAUCAUAGCAACGCAGGCAUGAUCGUUUCAACGGCCCGUCCGCAAACAAUUCCCUCUAGGGUGACUCUGUUGUGUUACACCCCAACAGGAACAUACGUGGAAGGUCUUAUUCAGCUCCUACAUGACCUGAAAGUCUGCGUGGACAUCUGCACCCUAGGCGAGCCUCUGGCCCCCACGCAGGAUGUAAUAUCUGUGCUAGACCUGCAAGAGCCUACAAUCCACGGCAUGUCAGAGACAACGUUCAAGGUAAUACUGGGAUAUUUACAAACACUCAAGGAGAAGAUGCUGUGGGUCACCCGUGCGUCACAGGUGAAAUGCAAAGAUCCCAGAGCUUCCAUGAUACUGGGACUGGCGCGCACCGCCCGCAAUGAGUUGUCGGCUAGGCUGAUGACGGUGGAGGUGGACAACGUGACUCCGAGCUCAACUGCGGCGCAUUUAACGAUCAGAAUCUUUCUCCGUGGUCCUCUUUCCGACCUUGCGCCUGACUCCAUGAGUCCGGAUUGGGAAUAUGCUAUUGUUGACGGGGAGGUUUUGGUGCCCCGUGCACAUUGGACUAAUAUCCCCGAGGCCUUUUCGCAUCUCCGCACCUCAGCCCCCUCGACGCGGAAACAGCUCGCCAUUGAGACGCCGGGCUUGCUUCAUACUCUAGGGUGGACGGAGAAUGAGAUUGACAGCUUGGCAGGCGACGAGGUCCUCGUUGAGACCAGAGCAGUGGGCUUGAACUUUCGUGAUGUGCUGAUCGGUCUUGGGGUGCUUGACAACAGCGCUAGGGAGGUGGGACUUGAAGGUGCUGGCAUUAUACGAGCCGUCGGUGCCCAGGUCAAAACUCUCUCUGUCGGUGACCAUGUAAUGUAUAUGUCCAGUGGGUGCUUCGCUACCCAUGUAACUUUACCAGAGGCUAUCUGCGUCCGAAUGGAUGGGACUAUGUCCUUUGAGAUGGCGGCAUCGCUGCCGUGUGUAUUCACUACAGCUGCCAUGGCUUUGGUGGAUAAGGCAAGAUUAGGGACGGGUCAGUCCGUUCUGAUCCAUUCUGCGUGCGGUGGAGUCGGCUUGGCUGCGAUUCAAAUCGCCCAGAUGAUAGGAGCACAGAUAUACUGCACCGUGGGGAGUGAGGAAAAGGCACAGUAUCUGAUCGACCAUUAUCACAUUCCGCGCGAGAACAUCUUCCAUUCCCGAGAUGCAUCCUUCCAGCGGGACAUCAUGACGGCCACCAGAAAUCGGGGUGUUGAUGUGGUGCUCAAUUCCUUGUCCGGGGAGCUAUUGCUGGCCUCAUGGAAAUGUGUUGCCGAGUUUGGGACUAUGGUCGAGAUCGGCAAACGAGACUUCCGCCGCCGUGCGAAGCUUUCCAUGGAGGCCUUCGAGGCCAAUCGAACAUUUGUUGGGCUUGACCUCUGGCAGCUAUCUCAACAAAGGCCCAGGCAAGCCGCCGAACUCCUAGAGCGUUGUGCGGACUGGAUACGGUCUGGGGCCAUCUCCUUAGAUGCCCCGGCCAACAUCUUCCCGGCCAACCGAAUCCAAGAUGCCUUCAGAUUCAUGCAGGCAGGUCGACACAUUGGGAAAAUUAUUAUUACUAUGCCUGAUAACCCCAUUGAUCUUGGAUCAGUGCCUGGGAAACCCUCCAUCACUCUGCGGCCCGACCGCAGCUACCUUCUUGUGGGUGGGCUUGGGGGGCUGGGCCGCGCGGUAGCUUCCUGGAUGGUCGAGCUCGGGGCCCGACAUCUCAUCUUCCUCUCCCGCUCUGCCGGCCAGCUCCCUGAGACUGUCCGGUUUGCAGCUGAGCUUCGAUCCCAGGGUUGUGAGGUCCAAUUGAUUACAGGCAGCGUAUCUGAGACAGAUGAUGUCCAUAAUGCAGUUAAUGCAGCGACUAUGCCAGUGGCUGGCGUCAUAAAUAUGUCGAUGAUCUUAAAGGAUGUAUCACUGGCGGACAUGAACUUCUCCGACUGGACUAGCGUGGUGGAACCCAAGGUUCAGGGGACCUGGAAUUUGCACCAUGCCACUUCUGCUGACCUGGACUUCUUCAUUCUAUUCUCUUCGUAUAGUGGGAUUGCUGGUCAAUGGGGACAGGCAAACUAUGCGGCCGCCAACACCUUUCUUGAUGCUUUUGUGCAAUAUCGACAUGGAAAGGGCCUGCCAGCAUCAGUGAUAGAUGUCGGCGUUAUGGGUGAGGUGGGUUUUGUAUCACAGAAUGAGGCUCUAUUCGACCGCUUCGCGAAGAGUGGUAUGCAUAUCUUGAAGGAGCAGGAUCUUCUGGAUGCAAUGGUUCUCGCUAUCGCACGAUCAGUUCCUGAACCCACCGGAGCCCAGGCUGGGGCGUACUGCAAUGCCAGUCAGAUUCUACUCGGUGUACACACUACCAUUCCCAUAUCGACCUGCUCCAGCCGAGUAGCCUGGAAGAACGACAUUCGGAUGAGCAUCUAUCAUAAUAUCCAUGGGGGCAGCGAGGUAUCCCCGGCUGGAACCUCAGACCACAACAGCCUCCGGGGAUUCCUUGCUGCAUGUGGCUCUCGACCCGAGAUCCUGGAAGAGGAAGAAGCCACAACAAGAAUUGCGCAGGCAUUGGGCUUGGCGCUAGCAAACUUUCUCCUGCGCGAUGCUCAUGCCAUCAGUGCCCACGACUCCCUUCCGGCGCUAGGGGUCGACUCUCUUGUGGCCAUGGAGGUCCGAAACUGGAUUCGGCAGCAGCUCGAUGUGGAUGUCAGUGUCUUCGUGCUCCUGCAAAGCCUGUCGCUACUGCAUAUAGCUGAUCACCUUCGCCUGGCUCUUGUUGCUCGCCUCGCGGCCAACGGGCCUACCGCUGUCGAGGCAUCGUAG